AUGUCUAUUUUUAGCCAACAUAGCGUGUUCCACCAGGCAGCAUCUAACUUCGUCCACUCUGUUUCAAGCAGCGCACUGUCCAACCUCAUCGCUUCUCCAAGUUUAGCCGAUGCAAGCAACUGUCGCCCAUACCAUCUUGUUAUAAAGAAGAACAAGAAGUAUUUCUGGAACCCUGUGGUUCUGUUCCCGACGUCGUUUACGCUUUCCGAUAUCCUUGAUGAUGACAGAGCUGAGAUGUUUGAUGAGGUCGGCAGUACGACGGCGGUCCUUGUAAACUUUGAAAGAUCACUGAGGAUCAAGGCAAGAGGUAAAGUCGAGGCUUCGUUGGCAAUGGAGAUAGCUGGUUUUGAGUUAGACGCUAAGCGACACAUCGCAGUCUCUGUAGACUUUGGCAAGAUUGUUGAAAAAUCACUCGACAUACCUAAACUCGUCAACUCUGUCAAAGGAAGGAAGAUAAACCUGAAGAAGGAUUUCAUCAAAGAAGUCACGUCGAAGAAACGCAAUACGCUUUGCCUGGUUGUGGCGACACUGAGCCCAGAGGCUGACUCCAAAAUCACGACUAAGGUUAAGACACAUGGAUCAGCCGACGUUAAGGUCCCGAUUGAACCUGUGGAAACGAUUGGGAUCGAUGCCUCGGCAGAAAUUAACCGAAGGCGUACCCUAGAGAUCCCGUCAGACACACCGUUAGCUUUCCGUAUGCUGGAGAUUCUGGUUCGCCCAGACCGGAGCAUCCAGCUCAUGCAACUCCCGAACAGUGAGGGCGGGUUCAGGAAUAUUAAAGAUGACAACAAAACAAAACCAGGCCGUAAGUAUUGA